AUGGCGUUCUGGCAGGACUAUUCCAUCAAAGGACCAACCACAAAAUCCGAUGUUAACAGAGAGAAAGUUGAUGUCCUGGGCCUUCUGACUGGAUUAAUUGCUGCUGGAGUAUUUUUGGUUAUUUUUGGAUUACUUGGUUACUAUCUUUGUAUCACCAAGUGUAACAGGCAACAAUAUCCCAGUUCUUCAGCCACCUACGUAAGAAGGGGGAGGCACACUCCCUCCAUCAUUUUCAGAAGACCUGAGGAGGCUGCCUUGACCCCGUCACCCCUUGCGGUGGAGGACACAGGAUUACCUUCUUAUGAACAGGCAGUGGCACUGACCAGAAAGCACAAUGUUUCCCCGCCACCACCAUAUCCUGGGCCAGCAAAAGGGCUUCGAGUAUUUAAAAAGUCUAUGUCGCUCCCAUCUCACUAAGCCCGCCAUGGUGGUAUCAGAGAUACCUGUUAUUUGAAUGGUUCCUUUUCCCCAAACCAAAGAGACAUGUUACUUCAGCCCCUUUAUGACAAACCGCAAGGAGCAAAGAAAGAAUAAGCAUGUGUAUAUGACACCACAGCAGUUCUGUUGGCAUCUUGGACCUGAACUUGAUCAUUAUCGGCCUGGUAAGAAACUCACCAUUACCAGUUUGAUAAGAAACUUGGACUCCAUAGCUUUGCAGUAAAGAAGAGAGCACUUUUUUGUUUAUUUUAAUGGUUCAGAAAAUCUGUGUUAUGGAUGUCAUAGCUAGAACCGGUGAACUGUCUUUUGUACAGAUAAAGUUUGUAGAUUUCUUGUGUUGAAUAUUAAAAAAAAAAAGUUUCUGAUCAUUAGAUUAUCCGAAGUCAGAAUAUUAGACCCACUCUUUAUUAGGAUUUCUUUGUGGUUGGAAAUCUGUCACAAAAUUGGACACUUCAGUAUAAACUGGUGGCCUUAAUAUAAUCACUUCGUUUUACAUUUUAAAUUAUUGCAUAGCAUUCACCGUAUUUUGUAGGUUUUAGUUGUUAACAAUUGCUAUCAGUCAUGUUUUGUUAUGGGAGUGGAGUAAGUAAUUUAAAAGUCACUUGCUAGGGAGUGAGUUCUUCAGAGGGUACAGAGUUGCAAUGGCAAGGAUUUGCAAGGGUUGUUAUACUAUCAAAUAUAUAGGCUUCAAAUCUAGGAGUGACUAGAAUUUGAUAAAGUUGCCCAUGCUACUGAUGAGUAGACACAUCCAUUUUCAUUGCUAAAUUAUCUAUAUAUAACUACAUGUAAUUUUUUAUCUUGAAAAUAUGUUGAAGUUUAUAAAUAAUAGUUUGAGAACCUAGAAAAAUUAAUUUACUUUCCUGCUAUUAAAAUAAUACCAACUAAAGUUACCAGCAACCCCUUGUAUCUCUUAAUGUCUGGACCCAAAACACCAUAAGGAAUCAUUUUAACCUAUACUUUGUCUCUUCUUUUAAUUGUAUAUAUGACCAGUCUUCCUUAAGAAUGUAGUAGAAUAUAAGCUAUAAACCUCUGGAGGAGUGUGUUUGCACACAUUUACGUGAGUGGGUGUGGAUGUAGAUGUGAAUUUAUUUUCUCUUUUCAGGAACUCAAGAAAUAACAUACUCCUGAGAAAUAAAAGAAAAAAUUCUGUUCUUGUUGUUUUGCUAGGCAUUCAUUGCAUUUUCCUAUUAUUUAAGACCAUUUGUAAAAUUGUAUUUUGUUUUAUAAUUUUUACAGAAGUGAGACUAAAACCCACAUAUAUUUGGUAAUUCCUUCCAAUUAAAUGUUUAGAAAGUAUAAAUCAUUA